AUGGCUACGCCCACAUCGAGAAAAAGUUGUUCAAAAUGUGAUAAAGGUACAGGAGCUUUUUCAUGUGAUGGUUGUCAACAAUCAUUCUGCUUAAAACAUGUAGCAGAACAUCGUCAAGAAUUAAUUUCUGAAAUGGAUAAUAUUGAAUUUCAACAUGAUAUUAUCAAUGAAGAUUUAGUUAAACAAGUACAAAAGCAAAAUGAACAUAUACUUUUCGAACAAAUAAAUCAAUGGGAAACAGAAUCAAUUGAUAAAAUUGAACAAAUAGCAAAAACAUCAAGAAUAACAUUACAUGAAAUUCUGGAUAAUAUUAUUGAUCAUGGAAAAAAAUCAUUAAAUAAAAUUUCUAUAAAAUUACGUCAAGCUCGAGAAUUAGAUGAUUUCUUUGAAAAUGAUCUUACUCGAUGGACACAACAAUUAAAUCAACUUCGUUCAGAAAAUGAAUGUAUGAUGAAUAGUAUCCAUAUUAUCAAUGAUAAUUCAUCUUCAGUUAUUAAACUUAUUAAAAUUACACAUAAUCAAACAAUCGAUAAUUCAGAUAAAAAUUCGCCUGGUAAUUUUUCAUGGCUUUCCGAUAUGAAAGCUUUAUUUUAUGAUCAACCUGAAAAAACUGCAUCAUCAGAAAAUAAUGAAACAAAAAAAUAUUCUACACAAAUUUGUACAAAAGGUUCAAUUGGAAUUAUUAAAGUAAAUAAUAUGGAUCAUUAUAUUGAUGUUGAAAAUGAUGGUUGGACAAAUAAAGAUCAGAAUAUGGCAGGAUGGACAUUACGCCGUGAUGCAGAUAGAAAAUCCAGAAUAAUUUAUAAAUUUCCCGAGAAUUUUAUACUUAAAUGUCAAUCAAAUGUUCGUAUUCUAUGUGGGAAAAAAUGUAAUACAGAAGAAAAACAUAAGGAAAUAAUAACUGUUGAGAUAUCAAAACCUUGGGAUAUUGGUACACAUGUAAUCACAUAUCUAAUUGAUGAUAAUGGUGAAGAAAGAGCAUCAGUUAUUCAAACACUUGUACCAUUGUAA